UUGCUGGCACAUUUCGGCCGCCUGGCCUGUGAUCCCGGGGGUUUAAGAACCGCCCUUCGGAGGCGGCGGCCCUGUAGCUAGUCUGGGACUUCUAGGUGGAGCGAGGAGCCCAGCAACACCGUCUGAGUUCCCGUACGACGUGGGCAGAGAACCUCCAUGUACUCAGAGAUCCAGAGGGAACGGGCAGACAUCGGUGGCCUGAUGGCCCGGCCCGAGUACAGAGAGUGGAACCCAGAGCUCAUCAAGCCCAAGAAGCUGCUGAACCCCGUGAAGGCCUCGCGGAGCCAUCAGGAGCUGCACCGAGAGCUGCUCAUGAACCACAGAAGGGGCCUGGGUGUGGACAGCAAGCCGGAGCUGCAGCGCGUCCUGGAGCACCGCAGGCGGAACCAGAUCAUCAAGAAGAAGAAGGAGGAGCUGGAGGCCAAGCGGCUGCAGUGUCCCUUUGAGCAGGAGCUGCUGAGACGGCAGCAGAGGCUGAGCCAGCUGGAAAAACCACCGGAAAAGGAAGAGGACCAUGCCCCGGAAUUCAUUAAAGUCAGGGAAAACCUGCGGAGAAUCGCCACGCUGUCGAGUGAAGAGAGGGUGCUGUAGAGCCGGCUGGGGGAGCCCGGGCACCCCGCUGCCCUCCCCCGGCCCCCACACCCUCUCCGGCCCUUCUAUAUCUGGCAGCCCCGAGCCCCCAUGAUUUGGGACAUCGGCUAUGUUCAUGCUUGCUCCUGUAAACUGCAUUGUCCCAGAGGCCCUGCCUAUCCCUCCUCCGCCACCCCCCGCAAGAGCUGGGGGUCCUGAAGCUCACAGGAGCUUCCUUCUGAGCACUCACCCCUCCUGCUCCUAGAGGAAGCCAUUUGGGAGAACUCUCACCUCCCAGGGCACCUCCCAGCAGCCCUGCCGAGCCCUUCCUGGCAGAGUGGGGAGGAGGGACAGGGGCCUCCCUGGCCCAACAGCUCUCCAUUCUGCCCAGGCCCCCAGGGGACCCUGAGCCUCUGGGCAGCUCCACUCGCAGGUCUUGGAGAACUUCCCUGCCCGCGGUUUUACCUGCAGCCAGGAGUGAGGCAACUCGUCCGAGCAUCUCAGGACACCUGUCCUGAGAGCCAGCCAAGGGGAAGAGGUUCAAGUGCAGUUGUUCCUGGUGAGGAAGGGCGGGCAGCCCGCAGGUGGCUCCCAUCAUGGCAGGUGGGGAGGGCACUAACAAAGACAGCUUCUUAGAGUUUGCCAGCCUCCCCCACACCCCUCUCCUGGCCCCCUGGUCCAGGCCUCGAAACCACACCCAGCCAGGGCUGCAGCCUCCCUGCUCCCAGGAGUCUGCAACAGUGCUUCGCAGACGCCAUCCUGCCUACGACUCGCUGGGAUCUUGCUGAAUUACGGCGUCUGCGUCAGUAGCUCUGGGGUGGGGCUGAGAGUCUGCACUUCCAUCACGCUCUGGGGCCACACCAAGCAGCAAGGCUGGAGCGCCAGGGGUGCUCAACAUUGGAAACGUCACCCCGAAGCCAUCCUGCCCCCCAAGUCCCUCGGGCCUGUGCCCUGGGGUUCCCACCUUCCCCUGCAGCCCUCGGGGCUCUCUGUGGCCAGCCCACCCAGGGCCCCAGGCCCGAGAAGGCUUAAAGCCUAGCAGGUCGUGUCAGGUUUAUGACGGGUUCUCACCAGACAUCUCAGUCCAGAACUGCCAAUUGCAUUUCUACCGCACUGUUGUGGUGCAAUUCUAGCCAAAAAAGAGUGUGUGUUUUUUUUUUAUCUAAAGCCCAUGGAGAGCACAUACACAGUGGUUUCCAAUAGGUUUCUGGAAAUAUAAACGGUGAUUGCAGACCCCACUGCCACCCUCACAGUCUGGCCCCUGUGAGUCCCCGUUUUCAGCCUCUGAACCUGAGACCCACCCCCUUGGCUUCUGCGCAGCUCCAGGGACCUCACCCACUGCUUCCCCAAAGCCCUCUCACACAAGACCAAAGGGUUUCACCUUUUGCUCCCAUUUUUCAAGAUUUAAAGAAUAACCCAGGCCUGUUUCUUUCUCCCCUGAAGAGCAAACCCUGCCUCUGGCUUUGUAAGCCCACCACUUACGGUUCCCCGGGUGGUGCUGGGGAGCAUUUCUUCGCGCCCAGAGACAGCUGCCACGGCGAUGCCCUGGAUUCUUGGCAGCGGUGGGACCUGCAAGGGAGAGGCCAUCCCGGUCUCCCUCCUGACGGCGUACUCUGAGGGGGACCGAAAUGUGGAUAGCGACAGGCUGCGUGCGUGCAUACAUGGGUGUGUGCAUGCAUACAUGGGUGUGUGCGUGCACAUGGGUGCAUGUAUGGGUGUGUGCGUGCAUGGGUGUGUGUGUAUGCAAGUCCAGCUCUAAAAGGCUCUUGGAGUGACUGUCUUCGUGAGGAUGCGGUACCGCUGUUUUAAAUGUCUGCCAGGUGAGGUGAUGCUCAAGACCCACCCUCCCCCAUAAAGACCGCUGCUCCCCCAGAGAAGCCACCUCGGGGUCGAUGUGUUGUUCGGACGUGAAGAGAAGCAUGAGAGGGCGGCUAGCCUGGAAUCGGCCCCUUAGGGUUCCACUCAGGUGUUUCCAGGGGAGCUUCAGGGAGGCGGCCAGUCACGGAGACAAAAGCCCCCGAAGCAGAAGGGACCUCAAGUCCCACUGGUCCCGUGGAGCCACGGUGGACACCCCUGUCCACUCCCCAGUGGUCAGUCCCCACUCCUCUCUAGUCACCGCCCCCUGUGGAGAACCAUCGGAUUCUCCCUGUUCCAGCCUCCUCUGCAGCCUGGGGGGAGCCUGUGCCCAGGGAUGGGCAGUGGAAUGUGAGAGGAAGUCCACAGGAACUUCUGGGAAAGCUGAUGCUCUUCUGACAGAAGAGACGGACCUGGGUACCAGCUUCUUCCUGCCUUGACUGGGGAUGUGAUGCCUGGAGCCACAGCAGCCCUCGCGCUACAAAGAGAAAGAGGCCAAGAGCAUCUCAGACAUUGACCUCCUCAUCGUUAGACCAAGCCAACGCCUGCAACCUUCCUCCUGCAGAGCCCUUGUAAACAGAAAUAAAGCCCUCUUUGUUUAA